AUGGUGAAAUCACUUGAUGUUGACGCUGGAUAUACUCCAUCAAAGCGUUCUGAUACUUGGUUAAAGGUUAAGCGUGAUUAUGUGGAAGGAUUGAAUGAUUCCCUGGAUUUAGUUCCCAUUGGUGCUUGGCAUGGAAAUGGAAGAAAAGCAGGAUGGUACAGUCCUUUCCUCAUGGCAUGCUACAACCCUGACACUGAAGAUUUCCAGAGCGUCUGUCGUGUCAUGUCUGGGUUCUCAGAUUCCUUCUACAUAGAGAUGAAAGAGUUUUUCUCGGGGGACAGGAUCCUGGCCAAAAAGCCACCAUACUAUCAAACUGGCGAGGUACCCGACAUGUGGUUUUCUCCAGAACUUGUCUGGGCGAUAAGGGGUGCAGACUUUACGGUGUCACCAGUUCACCAUGCUGCCAUUGGUUUAGUUCAUCCAUCUCGUGGCAUCUCAAUCCGAUUUCCUCGAUUCAUUUGUUCUGUCUCAGCUAGAAAGCCAGAAGAAUGUAGCGCAGCGACAGACAUAGCUGAAAUGUUUCAUUCCCAAACUCGAAAGAUGGAUGUGAGCGUUGGAAAUUGA